CGCGGGGCCGGAGCCGAGGGCCCGAGGCAGUCAGUCGGUCGGUCGGUGCGGGAUCCCGGGUGAUGAUGCACUCAUAUCGAAGAAGAAGCUCUGAGGUACAAACAGUAAGAACCUAACUCGAGACCAUAGGAAAGAAGAGAAAGGAAUUGUUUCACAAGGAAGGUGAAUCUAAGAUGUCCUUAAGCAGCAGCAGUUCAGCUGGGAAAGGUGUGGAUUCGAAUGCUGUUGAGGCUUAUGACAGUGGCGAUGAAUGGGAUAUCGGAGUUGGGAAUUUAAUCAUUGACUUGGAUGCAGAUUUGGAAAAAGAUCAACAGAAAAUGGAAAUGUCUGGAUCAAAAGAAGGGAGCAUUCCGGUGCCAGGCGCCGUGGCAACGCUCCCAGAAAAUAUUAAGUUUGUCACACCGGUUCAGGCACCUCAAACCAAGGAGAGCAAAUCAAAGGCUAAGAGGAGCAAAACUGCAAAAGAAGGAAGUAAAUCUGUCUCUGCCGCUUCCCUCUACUCUGUGGGGGAGUCAGGAAAUGGAAAGAAGGAUAUGCAGGGACGUCCCGGAGAUGGGGCCAAUCCCACUGGACUGGGGUCUUCCAAUACCUCCUCCAAAGGGUUGGAAAAGGGCCCAAAGACUGUCCGCAAUGGAGCGGGCUCCAAAAAGGAGAAAGACGGUGGAUCUGGUAAAAGCAAAAAGGAUAAAGGUGAGGGCAGCGGCCAGCCUCUGCCUGGGAGCGAGGCAACAACUGCACAGCUAGGGCUGGGAUCAGGGUCAAAGGGGAGCCCGUUUGAGUGCACUCAGGCCAUAAGUUGCUCAGAAGGAGGAGCCGCUUCUCAAGUGCUGGAUUUAGGAAAUGCACCGCUGGAUACAAACACCAUCUCCAGUCUGUUGGGAAUUAAAACGGAAGCUGAGGAGACUGACAAUGACUGUCGUCCACUGAAGAAGAUAAAAACAGAAAAGAUGGACUCUCCUGCCUCCACCCCAGCACCCCCGUCCUUGCACCUCUUGCCGCCUGUGAGCAGCGGUGUGGCCUCCCCAGUGGAGCAGAUUAUGGUGCGCACACGCUCAAUCGCAGUUAAUACCUGCGACGUUGGACUUGCGACAGAGCCUGAGUGCUUAGGCCCUUGUGAACCAGGGACAAGUGUGAACCUAGAGGGGAUUGUCUGGCAAGAAACCGAGGAUGGUGUGCUGGUGGUCAAUGUGACCUGGCGGAAUAAGACGUAUGUGGGAACCCUGUUGGACUGUACAAGACAUGACUGGGCACCACCAAGUGCGGCUGGAACUGGUAACUCACACGUGGGAAACGGCAGCCAAAGAUCUCUCAGAUUUUGUGAAUCACCGACGAGCGAUCUUGAAAUGCGAGGAAACAAUCGGGGGAGGGGGAAACGUGUGCGCCCCAACCCCAAUCCCCCCGUUGCUGAGAGCAGUGUGGUGUCAGACAGCAAGGCUGUGAGCAACAAAACUCGGGCAUGUACGAGCAGUAAAGGGCGUCGGGGCAGCCAGAACUCUUCUGAAAGACGCACCCCAACAAACACUGUGGAGGACAUCAAGGUGAACCCAUCAUCAGGAAGCAAGCGGAAAAACAAGCCAUCUCCCGACCUGGACUUGACCUCCAGUUCUGAGGAUUCUAAAGGAGGGAAAAGGAUGCGUUCCAACUCUCGUGGUACUCCAACACCAGUUCCAGGGGUGAAGAUUGAACCUUCUGUACCUGAGCAUAGUUGCCCAUCGCCUGUCCUCAUAGACUGCCCACAUCCCAACUGCAACAAGAAAUACAAACACAUCAAUGGGCUACGCUAUCAUCAGGCUCACGCCCACACUGACAGUGACGGGAAGCUCGAGGGAGAUGCUGACAGUGAGGAAAAGAACUCGGACACAGAGGACUGUGCACCAAAUCCUUCACUGAACCAGGAUUCAAGCAGUUGCAAUGGAUCCUCCAGCUCUCAUGCAUUCUGUCAGUCAAAGGGCUCCGUGUCGCCAGCUCGCUCUAUCACACCCAAAGGGAGGAGAGAGGGAAGCCUGGAGGCCCACAGCCCUUCCUCCACAACAAAGAGCAGCGCUGGGAAGAGUUCUAGCAAGAGGAAGACCUCAGCGGACAUUGAUGCGGAGUCUGGUGGGCUGUACAAUCCUGACUGUUCAGAAGAAGGUCCCCCAGUUGGUAGCCCAAGUGAUGAUACUGGAAAUGAUGGGGACGAGUCGAGUGAGAAGAAGUCCCUCUUAGAGAAGGAUAAAGCAAGGAAGUCCAGUAGUUCUAAACUGGAGAAGAUUACUUUGAAAACAAAAUCUGCCAGGCCCAUUGUGCCGGCCUUACCAGCACAGAUAUACAGUUUCCCUGCAGCCACUUUCACUACAUCUGGCCCCCCGGGGUCUGCUCCUGGGCUGACCACCACUGUUGUCCAAGCCAUGUCCAAAAGCCCCCCACUCAAGCCCAUUCAGCCCAAACCCACCAUCAUGGGAGAGCCGUGUACAGUGAAUCCAGCCCUUACCCCCUUGAAGGAGAAGAAGAAAAAAGAGAAAAAGAAGAAGGAUCCAAAAGAAGCGACGAGUCCCAAACCGCCGGGCAAGGGAGGGAAGGCCGAGGGCGGCAAGAGCCCUUUUAGAGAAUCUGGUGCUGAGGCCAUGUCCAAAGGCGAGGGCCUUCUGAAUGGUUCCUCUGACUCCCACGAGAGUCGUUUGGCCAGUAUCAAGGCAGAAGCUGACAAGAUCUACAGCUUCACUGACAACGCCCCAAGCCCAUCCAUAGGCAGCUCCAGCAGGUUAGACGGUGCUGGCCUGGCCCCUCCCAUAACUCCACUGCACGUGGUGACACAGAAUGGGGCUGACAGCUCGUCAGUGAAGACUAACAGUCCAGCAUAUUCGGACAUUUCUGAUGCUGGUGAGGAUGGAGAGGGAAAGGGAGAUGGUGUUAACAAAGUCAAAACCUCCUCUCCAGACCAGAUAGUGAAGGAAUGUGCCAAGAAAGCCCUCUUUUCUUCAUCAUCGUCCUCUUCCUCCUCGUCUUCAUCAUCUUCCAGAACUCAACCAACAUUGAACAAGGAAACUCAUUCUCCUUACUACCCGGGCUAUGAUACUUACUACUCUCCAAGCUACCCCCAUGCCAGCCCAGGGCCUCCUGCGGGCACUGCACCCCCGGGGAGCCAUCCCACUAAAAUCAAGAAGGAGAUGGAUGAAGAGACCAUGGAACCCAGAGUCAAAGUUGAAAGUAUGGAGGACAAAAAAAGCGAAAUGGCAAGUGCAGGUCACCACCCCUCAGUGAUCCAGCAAAGGUCUCAGAUGUUCAUGCAGCCGCUGUACUAUGGGCAGUACACUUACAUGCCCCAGUACGGCUACAGUGAUCAGGGCUACCACAGCCACAUGAUGAGCACAAACCCAACAUACAGACAACAGUACGAAAAAAUGUGUGAGGAGCAACAGAAGCAAAGGCAGGAGCAGAGCCGCGGGAAACACCAUGUCAACGAGGCGGACAAGAAACAAGAGCAGGGCAUGAAGGACAGAGACAGGGAGGAGUGGAAGCAGAAGUCUCCAGCUCCAGCCACACUGUCGAAAGCUCCCAGCUUGACAGACUUGGCCAAACCAGUGCCCAACAAGGCCAAAGACUCAAUGGACUCCUUGAAAUAUACCAUUGUGACUAAAGCAGAGGAAGCCUCGAAGCUGCAUUCCCAGCAGGCUGAGGGCCUCAAGAUGAAAUUGAGUGAGGCCAGCCACCUCUGCCGGGAGCUGUGUGAACCAAAACUGGCGCCAGAAUCUGGCAAAUCUCCCGGAAUGGAUCUCGCGCUGUGGUACAGACAGGAGUCUGAAAACCGGCUGUGGUCGUACGUCUAUCCUAACAAGUACACGGAGCAGCAGAAGCUGGAGGAGGAGCGAUGGAAGGAAUCAGAACGUGACCGAAAACUUAAAGAAGAAAGCUUGUCCCGGAUAAGAAACAAGGAGAUAGCAGUUAAAGAGGAAAGCAAAGACAGCAUGUGCUCCGAGGCCCGCUCAGCCUCUUCAGACGAGUGUCGAUCUAUUGGGAAGGAUCCCAGAUCAGGCCUUCAUAUUGCCGUGUCCUCUCCCCUCGCUCAGCACCCAUCCUACAUGCCAUAUGUCCACGGCUAUCCGUACGGCAAGCCUUACGAAUCUGCUCAUCCGGGAUUCAGAGGGGUCACUCCGAUGAUGAUGCAAAAUUACCCAGGGUCAUACCUGUCUUCCAGUUUCUCAUUCUCACCUUAUGCGAGUAAGGUCCCAGGGCACGAGGAUGGCGAGCGAGCCCGAGGUAGUCCUGGUGUCAGCAACAAAUCAAGCUCAGAAUCCAUAGCCCUGGACAUCCUGCAGCAGCACGCCAGCCAGUACAAGAGCAGGUCACCAACGAUGAGUGAGAAGCUUCCUCAUGAACGAGGUGAGAGAGAGCUUGAUAAGGACCGUCCCCGCUCAUCACCAUCCCAGCGACAGCUUCCCUCUCAUCACCACAUGGGGAUGGGGUAUCCAUUGCUGCCAGGGCAGUAUGAGCUCCCGUAUGCAACAGGUCUCUCCUCUCCAGCCCUUGUUGCAAGCCAACAGGCUGCCGCUCAGGCCUCAGCAUCCAACCUGUUCCCGCCGGCCAGAAGGUGAGAAUGGGAGUGAAAGAAUGGGAUCACUUCAUUCAGAUACAUGUGACUGGAUCACAUGAGGAAGCUGCAUUUUCUUAGACAUCAGUUCAAUGGUGUUCCGGGUUCCUGCCAUGAAGUCGGGCAGACUGUGGGAAAGUUUCUCCUGUCGGACUCUGAUGUUUAUAAUGGAGAUCUGGUACCUGUAUUAUAUAUGUGUCUUGGUGGCUAUUUGCAGGAAUGUCCUCAGCCUGCCUUCCUCACGGUGUAGAUAUGUUGUAGACUAUUCCCUAAUCUGCAUCCGCUCCUGUCAAAACAGCCUUUCCCAGAUUGAUGAUAUUAGUAUUGUGGAGUUCACUGUCACUGCUUUGCUGGGGUUGUUGAAGACAUUGAGUCGGAUGAUGGCAGGACUACUCUACCUUCUUUCCUCACAUGGUCCUUAAGGAACCUGGACUGGGUUGAAAUUUCUAAUCAGCUGAACCCACAGAGUCCUUAACUAAUUGUGAAUCUAACAUUUACAUUGGUUGGAGAGAAAGAGUGAGAGAUCUGCACACACCAGAGGCUCAAAUACCCCAGUAUUUGAGGGGUUAUACCUUAGCGAAAGGGGGUCUGGCAGAUGAGUUCUGGCCUUGUCAUGCACCCCAUUACAGGUUGGUUUCUGCUGGAAAAACUUACAGAAAAACCCUCCACCUGGUGCAGCACAGCUUAUUUCAUCAGUGAUGUGAAACACGUCAAGCAUCAGGCUUGUUCUGAGCACUUCUAAACUUCAGACUGAAAAAAGGCACUUAUAGAUCCAACAGACAGACCUUCAACUCUGAUAUUGAUUGCUUGUCAGCUUUUCUAAAUGAUGCUGUGUCUUAGCGUCUGGCUCGGUAUCUCAGUGACUGGCCUGUCUCGUUAAGCCACACAGAGUUCCCUGUCUCCUGCUUGUUCCAUCCCAGCACCUGCUGAGACAAGCUUCCAGUGGUUCACCUGUAGUUUGGGGACAUCGCUGCUGCCUGUGUGAAGUACAAACAGUAGAUUAUAAAUAAAGGCCAAUAUUACACCAGUGAUUUGGGAGCGAGUGCUCAAAACUCAGGAUUCUGAUAACACUUAGAAAUCACCUCAGCUUCACUUUACUUUAGUCUGUCACCUGGACUCCCCAGUCAGACUGUCUCCUAGGUAUCCCUAUAUGUAAACUAUGUGAACCCUUCAGUUGGAUGACAGACGGUAAUUUGCUCCCAGUAAUCUCCUAUUUUAUGUAAGAGAAACACCUGCAUUCUUUGAUUAGAUCCCACCCGUAACCAGUUACACUCAGUUCCUGAUUUUGUUUAACCUGAGCGAUGGAAUGAAACUCGGAGAUGGGAGUUUGUUAUUUAGAAUAUAGUCAUUGCGUCCCACCUUAUCCCACUGAAGCUGAUGGGCAGUGCUGGGCUGAGGGAGUGCAGGCCUAACUCUAACCCAUAACUCUCCAGAGAAUACAGACCUCAGCAGAACCUCCUCACUGCACCAACCUCCUCGCUGCACCAACCUCCUCGCUGCACCAACCUCCUCGCUGCACCAACCUCCUCGCUGCACCAACCUCCUCGCUGCACCAACCUCCUCGCUGCACCAACCCCCUCGCUGCACCAACCCCCUCGCUGCACCUCCUCCCUGCACCAACCUCCUCGCUGCACCAACCCCCUCGCUGCACCUCCUCCCUGCACCAACCUCCUCGCUGCACCAACCUCCUCGCUGCACCAACCUCCUCGCUGCACCAACCCCCUCGCUGCACCAACCCCCUCGCUGCACCAACCCCCUCGCUGCACCAACCUCCUCGCUGCACCAACCUCCUCGCUGCACCAACCUCCUCGCUGCACCAACCUCCUCGCUGCACCAACCUCCUCGCUGCACCAACCUCCUCGCUGCACCAACCUCCUCGCUGCACCAACCUCCUCGCUGCACCAACCUCCUCGCUGCACCAACCUCCUCGCUGCACCAACCCCCUCGCUGCACCUCCUCGCUGCACCAACCUCCUCGCUGCACCAACCUCCUCGCUGCACCAACCUCCUCGCUGCACCAACCUCCUCGCUGCACCAACCUCCUCGCUGCACCAACCUCCUCGCUGCACCAACCUCCUCGCUGCACCAACCUCCUCGCUGCACCAACCUCCUCGCUGCACCAACCCCCUCGCUGCACCAACCCCCUCGCUGCACCAACCUCCUCGCUGCACCAACCCCCUCGCUGCACCAACCUCCUCACUGCACCAACCUCCUCACUGCACCAACCCCCUCACUGUACCAACCCCCUCACUGUACCACCAGCCUCCUCACUGUACCAACCUCCUCACUGCACCAACCUCCUCACUGUACCAACCUCCUCACUGCACUAACCCCCUCACUGCACCAACCCCCUCACUGCACCAACCCCCUCACUGCACCAACCCCCUCACUGUACCAACGUCCUCACUGCAAUCUUCUCACUGCACCAACCUCCUCGCUGCACCAACCUCCUCGCUGCACCAACCUCCUCGCUGCACCAACCUUCUCGCUCACUGCACCAACCUCCUCACUGCACCAACCUCCUCGCUGCACCAACCUCCUCGCUGCACCAACCCCCUCGCUGCACCAACCCCCUCGCUGCACCAACCUCCUCGCUGCACCAACCUCCUCACUGCACCAACCUCCUCACUGCACCAACCCCCUCACUGCACCAACCUCCUCACUGCACCAACCUCCUCACUGCACCAACCUCCUCACUGCACCAACCUCCUCGCUGCACCAACCCCCUCACUGCACCAACCCCCUCACUGCACCAACCUCCUCACUGCACCAACCUCCUCACUGCACCAACCUCCUCGCUGCACCAACCCCCUCACUGCACCAACCCCCUCGCUGCACCACCAGCCUCCUCACUGUACCAACCUCCUCACUGCACCAACCCCCUCACUGCACCAACCUCCUCACUGCACCAACCUCCUCGCUGCACCAACCCCCUCACUGCACCAACCCCCUCGCUGCACCACCAGCCUCCUCACUGUACCAACCUCCUCACUGCACCAACCCCUCACUGCACCACCAACCUCCUCACUGCACCAACCUCCAUUCUUAUCUCUGAAGGUUGGACUUGGACUCGUGUUUCUCCAUGUAACAGAGUGUAGAGUGAGUCAGUUUGGAAUCUCACUUUCCUCAUUAAUCACAUGAUAGGUUUACAAUGCUCCAUUUGGUCUAUUUGACCCGUCUCCCAAGCAGGCUCGUGGUGAAAUUCUUAGUAGGUUUGAGUAUAAUCUUGUGUCCUUUCUAGCUGAAGUGCGGCUGGUGUCAGACACACAGUGAUGGGCCGAGGAAGCAGUGGAGCUCCCAUGUUUGAUAUUAAAGCAUUGGUGAGGUCUUCACCAUUAGCCGCCGAGCUGUCAUGUAGCUCAGCCCCGCCUGGCAUGUAUUUUGUAAACGGAAGGUAGAUGGUUUGUCUUGUUGGAUCAUUGGUGUUUGCUCCUGACUUUGGCAUAAUCGUGUCAUUUUUAGAAUUAAACAUUUGUCCACUUGUAUUUGUCCUUUCCCAGAGACCUCCGCUGCCCAUCACUGCCCACGCAUGUCACCUUCUGCCAGCGCUACUGUACCCCUCAGUUAGCACUCAGUUCUUCCUACCGUCUGCUAUCUUCUGUAAAUAUUGUACAGAGAAAAUAUUGUAACAUGUUUUUUCUUAAAAAAAAGUAGCAGAUUUUGGUUUCUGGAGCUUUCCUGAUGAAAUAGUUCAAACAUGGUAAUAAACAUCUUUUGCCUCUGUUUGUUGAAGCCUGCUGUUAGGGUAGGCCACUGAGUCCUGUGGUGCUAGUGGACUCUGGACACACAUUUCCCUUCCUAUUAAUUUUAAACACAGGUAGAAUUCCAGUAAUGUCCUCCCACAUCCCUUUGUAAAUACUCCUCGUGCCUGACCUCACUUCACUCCUAUUGUACAGCUGAUGUUUCAGGCAGCUUCAUCUUCACUGUACCAAUCCCAUGGAUAGUGCUCAUAUUGUCAUGAUGUCCCAUUAUGUGAUGGUUCUGUGCUGAUUUUGAAGUGCUGGUUCCUGCGCCAAUGAAUCAUUGUUUCAGUACUUGUGAUAAAGCUGUCGAUCUCCUUUGACCCCCGUCCUGUCCUGUCCUGUCCUGUCCUGUACUGGCUUUGGUUAGGAAUACAAAUGUCAACAUGCAAACGCAACAUGUGAAGCGAGCAGCUGAGUCACCCAGCUCCCUGGUUCAUUACCAUUUACAAUGGAAUCUUUUAUAUUAAAACUCACAAAGUGCACGUUCUGCCGACUUUGUGAGGCUUCCAACUAACCUUAGUGUUCAGUGGAGAGAACUGUUAAGAGAGAGGCUCUUAUGUGUGAAGUGGAAAAAAGAGUGGAUUGUUGCGGGAGCUGCAGUUGACCAUCGGAGCUUGCAAUGAAUUAGCACAAAUGGUCACUAGGCUGUAUGUCGGCUGUGCUCACUGUUCCUGCACUCACACUUGCUCGGCGCUGUGUGUGGGAUUAGCUGAUUACCGUUAGGAACACACAAGCUAGAUUCCUGUCCUCCAAUUAGAACAGAUGUACAUCUGGGGCAAUACUGCUGUAGUGAGACAGGGACAGACUGAUAUCACCUCAGACACCCUCACACACCAUUAAGCUCAUUGAAAUGUUCAUACUGAACCUGAUGCACUUCCCACCCAGAUUCCAUUUCACUGCCUCCCAUUUCAACACUUCCACUUGAGGUCGGGCGUGUGGUCUCCUCCCUCUCCUAUCCCCACAGCAGAACGGAAACCAGAGGUGGGGGCUUUUAAUCUGUUCCCCAACAAUCUAUCUCUGGGAUUGCCAUGUGUAGCUGGGAUGCAUGGAGUUCGCAGCUUGCUUUGGAGACUCUUUAAGCAACGGUGAUGGGUUUCCACGCGUGUCUGACACCCGGCUGGUCAAAAAAACCCUAUUGAGUUAUGGUCUGCCCUCGAGGACUGCCAUGUGCGGGGCCUGGCAGCUACUGGGGAUGUGGGGAGUUAGAGUGAGGCUGAGCAGAGAUUCAGGCUGGGCUCUAGUUUACAGGCCGAAGCCAUGAGACCUGCUGCCCACAAUACCCGCCUUUACCAGGAGAAUGUCCUGUUUCACACGGUUGAAACAAGAAGUGCACAGUUGUGCCAAACUCUGAUUCCCUUAAGUAUAUCUUUAUUUCAGAUUUUGCCUGCUGCCAAGUUAUUGCUUUUGUUGAUUGCCCCAGGCAGAGACUGUGCCCUGGGGCAGAGGAUGGUCAUGUAAGAUCUGAAGAGCUUGACCAGCAGCUGAUCGGUGGACAAGGAUUUGGUGUCAGUCUGUCUCUCUGUCGCUCCAGUCAUUUGGCUCCAGGUCAAUGCAAGCACCAGGACCAAUGGUCUGAUUUACCUCAGCUCAUAGAGGGCUGCUGGGUCUCAGUACUGAGAGCAGGACAGUCUCUGGGAAAAAACGCAUCGUGUUUACUUGUCCUUCCUUAAGGUGCAACAAACUCAAGGAAACUAGUUAAGGUUAGAAUUACUAUCCACUCUUCAGAUUGUUCCUGCAGCGAUGGCUUCCUAGUUGUAAUGUUUCCAGAAUGUGUGUCCCUGCAGCGCUCACUACCAGAUAGACACACAAUUGGGAAUUCACUAAAAACUUUAGAUUUGUGCUUGUCCCGUCCCUUAAUGGCUUUCCCUGUGUUAUUCUCCAUCAGUCAGCACAGAGGGGAAGGCUGCUUGUGUUGCUCAUGUACUGUUGUAUAGUUUCCAGACCAUCUCCUCCCUGUCCUGUCCCCUCCGUGAAUGUAGCUGUGCGUCAAACUGACAGCGUCACCGGUACUUGAAGUGUAGACGUUUACAACAUAUUAUUUUUGUUGCUGCGUUGGAUUGGUUUCUUGAUAAGUCAAAUGAAAGCUCUUACUGGUGUAUCUCAUGUAAAGUGUAUAUUAAGGAGUUCUUUUUAUACAGUACUGUACCUUGCCUUGUGCAUUUAGGCAAAAAAAGUAAUAAAUCUUUUUAUGAGACAAUCACAA